AUCUCGGAUUAAUCAGAUUAAGUGAUUAUGACUUCUAUAUAGAGUCCUUUAAAGCCCAGAUUGCAGGGUAGUUUGAAGGAUUCUUUCAGUCCGUACUGCUGGACUAGAGUCAUUUUGACAACUCUGCACGGGUUGACAGCAGUUUUCUUUAAGCACUGAAAAUGCCGGUCAUCAAUGUGGAUGACUUGACGGAUAAGGAUAAAGCUGUAAUGGAAGUAGAACAGCUCAGAAAAGAAGUGAAGCUUGAGAGAGCACUGGUGUCUAAAUGUUGUGAAGAAAUCCAAGAGUAUAUCUUAGCUGGAGCUGAUGAUGAUACUUUAGUCAAGGGUAUUUCUGAGGAGAAGAACCCGUUCAAGGAGAAGGGAGGAUGUGUCAUCUCUUAAAACAGGACACAGAGAAUCCAAACUUUAACUGUGUAGCAAUGCUUAGUAUACAGGGAUACCAUUGGAGUUUAAACGUUUCAGGGCAAAACUGAGGACAUUAUCAAAACCUUUCAUCAUCCUGUAAAGAAGCAACAAAACCUAACCCUUGAAUCAAUGUAUAAAGUCUUAUGUGAAGUGACAUAAUAAACAUUAAAUAUUG